AUGAUUAGUGUUAUGGAAGCCAGCGAAAGCGGGGAUGAUUUAGGGGGCGCUGCUUUUCUCACGGAUGGUGUUUACACUGUACAUGAUGACGUAGAUGGAAAUUUAUCUGCCGAAAAUACAGACGACGAUACGAAUGACACUAAGGAAAAAGUAGGAGCUCCUUUGAGAGAGCAAGAUCGUUUUCUUCCCAUUGCAAAUGUUGCUAAAAUAAUGAAAAAAGCUGUACCUGAAUUGGGAAAGAUUGCCAAAGAUGCUAGGGAAUGUGUACAGGAAUGUGUGUCUGAAUUUAUUUCAUUUAUAACUAGUGAAGCAAGUGACAGAUGUCAUAUGGAAAAAAGAAAAACUAUAAAUGGUGAGGAUAUAUUAUUUGCAAUGACAACUCUUGGUUUCGAUAAUUAUGUUGAACCUCUGAAAAUAUACCUUCAAAAAUAUAGGGAAGCAACUAAAGGUGAUAGACCUACAAUUGAAGAAAUAUAUGAAAAUAAAGUUUUCAGUGCAGGAGUUAUACCAGAUAAUUCAAAUUCUGAUACAAUUUUAUAUGCUUAUCCUGAACAAAUACAGCACUUUCAAAUACAGUAA